AUGUUUGCACUGCAGCUAAAGCAGUCCACAGAGGAAAAGUUUCAGCCAAUGAAAGUUGAACAGGAGGCUUCCUCCAUCUUCACAGUGCUUCUCCUUCUUGAGGGAGGGUUGUUCUCCUCUUCCUCUCCUCCCUCCUCCAGAAUGCUAGAGAAUAUCUUAUAGUACAUCGAUCUUCAUCAAAAUGAAUUUAUUCAGUCACUUAAGGAAUGGGUGGCCAUUGAAAGUGAUUCUGUUCAACCCCUGCCUCACUUCAGACAAGAAAUCUUUAAAAUGAUGGAUAUAGCUGCAGAAGAGCUUCGACACUUAGGAGCCACUGUAGAUUCAAUAGACAUGGGAUAUCAACAGCUACCUGAUGGGCAGAACCUUCCAAUACCUCCCAUUCUUCUAGCUGAACUUGGUAAUGACCCGAAGAAACCCACAGUGUGUUUUUAUGGUCACUUGGAUGUGCAGCCUGCCAAAAAAGAGGGUGGGUGGCAUACAGACCCUUUCAUCCUGGUAGAAGUCGAUGGAAAGCUUUAUGGACGAGGAGCAACAGACAACAAAGGACCUGUUUUAGCUUGGAUUAAUUCAGUGGGUACCUUCAGAGCCCUAAACCAAGAUAUCCCGGUGAAUAUUAAAUUCAUCAUUGAAGGAAUGGAAGAAGCAGGUUCAAUUUCAUUAGAUGAGCUGGUCAGAAGAGAAAAAGACCGUUUCUUCUCCAGUGUUGACUAUAUUGUCAUCUCAGACAACUUGUGGAUUAGCAAGAAGCCAGCACUCACCUAUGGAACCCAAGGAAACACAUACUUCAUUGUGGAGGUGAAAUGCAGGGAUCAAGAUUUUCAUUCAGGAACUUUUGGUGGCAUCCUCAAUGAGCCAAUGUCUGAUUUGAUGUCCCUUCUUGGCAGCCUGGUAGAUUCAUCAGGCCGUAUCCUGAUCCCUGGAAUCUACGAUGAUGUGGCUCCCCUUUCAGAAGAGGAAAAGAAGAUGUAUGAAACUAUUGAUUUGAACCUAGAAGAAUAUCGAAAUAGUAGCCAAGUGGAAAAAUUCCUAUUUGACACUAAGGACGAAAUCCUCAUGCACCUGUGGCAUUACCCAUCUCUUUCUAUCCAUGGGAUUGAGGGAGCAUUUGAUGAACCAGGAGAUAAAACAGUCAUACCUGCCGAAGUAAUAGGAAAAUUUUCAAUCCGUUUAGUGCCUCACAUGAAUAUUUCUGUCGUGGAGACAAAGGUAAAAAAGUACCUUGAGGAUAUAUUUUCUCAGUGCAAUAGUUCCAACAAAUUGAAAGUCACCAGGACAUUGGAAGUCCACCCAUGGAUUGCUAAUAUUCACGAUAUUCAGUAUGUGGCUGCAAGACGAGCAAUCAAAACAGUGUUUGGAGUAGAUCCUGAUAGGACACGAGACGGAUCAACUAUUUCAAUUGCUAAAACAUUCCAGGAUAUUAUCCAAAAGAGUGUGAUGAUGCCACCACUAGGAGCUGUUGAUGAUGGAGAACACUCUCAGAAUGAGAAAAUAAACAGGUACAAUUAUAUAGAGAUCCAACUGUUUGCGUCCUUUUUCCUGGAAGUGGCUAAGAUGCACUCAUAA